AUCCUACCUCCGAUUGGCCAGCGUCUCUCUGGUACGAACAGCUCUGGCCAGUCAGUGCGUGUCAGUCCAUCCUACAAGCCACCGGAAGUGUCUCGAGAGCGCGGGGCCCGUUAAGAUGGGCGGGAAGUGGGCGUGGCGUCGCCGCUCUGGACCCGCCUGUGUUCCCGCCUGGUUCACUGCCUCACCUCCACAGGCAAGUGCCAGGUGGAGGAAUUAGGGAGUCAGUCACUGAGGCUUCGCAUCCUGCUUUCAGAUGGAGUUCGUGAAGUGCUUGGGACACCCGGAGGAGUUCUACAACCUGCUGCGCUUCCGGAUAGGGGGUUGGCAUAAGGUGAUGCCCAAGAUGGACGAGGACUCACUCAGCAGCAGCUUGAAAACUUGCUACAAGUAUCUGCAUCAGACUAGUCGCAGUUUCGCAGCUGUUAUCCAGGCGCUGGAUGAAGAAAUGCGCCAUGCAGUGUGCAUAUUUUAUCUGAUUCUCCGAGCUCUGGACACUGUGGAAGAUGAUAUGACCAUCAGUAUAGAGAAAAAGAUCCCACUGUUACACAACUUUCACACUUACCUUUAUGAACCUGACUGGCGGUUCAUGGAGAGCAAGGAGAAGGAUCGACAAGUGCUAGAGGACUUCCCAACGAUCUCCCUCGAGUUUCGAAAUCUGUCUGUGAAAUAUCAAACAGUGAUUGCCGACAUUUGCCAGAAAAUGGGACAUGGGAUGGCAGAGUUUUUGGACAAGCAUGUGACAUCGGAACAGGAGUGGGACAAGUACUGUCACUAUGUUGCCGGGCUGGUGGGAAUUGGCCUUUCUCGUCUGUUCUCGGCCUCGGAGUUAGAAGACCCUGUAGUCGGUGAAGACACAGCGAGUUCCAACUCUAUGGGCCUGUUUCUGCAGAAAACAAACAUCAUUCGUGAUUAUCUGGAAGAUCAGCAAGAAGGAAGAGAGUUUUGGCCUCAAGAGGUUUGGAGCAAGUACGUUAAGAAGUUGAGUGAUUUUGCUAAGCCAGAGAAUAUGGACUUGGCCGUGCAGUGUCUGAAUGAACUUAUAACCAAUGCACUACACCACAUUCCAGAUGUCAUCACCUACCUUUCCAGACUUAGAAACCAAAGUGUGUUUAACUUCUGCGCUAUUCCCCAGGUAAUGGCCAUUGCCACUCUGGCUGCCUGCUACAAUAAUCAGCAGGUGUUCAAAGGGGUAGUGAAGAUUCGGAAAGGACAAGCAGUGACCUUAAUGAUGGAUGCCACCAACAUGCCAGCUGUCAAAGCUAUAAUAUACCAGUAUAUGGAAGAGAUCUAUCAUAGAAUCCCCGACUCAGACGCAUCUUCUAGUAAAACCAGGCAGAUCAUCUCCAGGAUCAGGACACAGAACCUUCCCAGCUGUCAGCUGAUCUCCCGGAGCCACUACUCCCCCAUUUACCUGUCAUUUGUCAUGCUCCUGGCUGCGCUGAGCUGGCAGUAUGUGAGCACCCUGUCCCAGGUCACAGAAGACUAUGUCCAGACCGGAGAACACUGAUUUGUUCCCCAUGGAAAGGGUUGACCUUUUUUCAAGGACAGAUACUUGCUUCCCCCUUUUUCCCCUCCUGCUUUAAUCCUGUACGAAAUCUGCGGGCUUGGAUCUUGGGAAACUGUGGCAAGCAGCUGAGAAGAGUAAGAGAUUACAUCAUCCUCAGCACCUGGUCCUUGUAGGUUGUGCUCACCCGGGCGUGAUGGCUGGUGGCCACGCCCUGGGUGCUGCCAGCCCGGGGAAGCAAUUGUAUUCGGACUGCCAAAAGAUCUUAGUGUGGGUCCUGGCUAGAAUUAUAAUGGAAUGCAUUUAAUUGGAAGCAACUUUGAACACCCACCCUAGCAGCAAAGUGAAAUGAAUUUUCUUUGUGUGUUUCCUGUU